UCGUACAAAUGCAAAACAUUAACAAGCACCAACUCGUUUUCAAAUUAGCACUUAACUUGUCCACAUCGUAUCUACAGUAGUAGGCCUACAGCUCGAGCCAUAUCCAUAGCGGAACCUGCACAAAGCUAGCUCUUGAAAGCCAUAGUUUAGUUACUUUGCGAUCACAAAUUCCACAAGUCGGCAUCGGGCUACAUUUUCGUCGAAAUUCGAAAUGCCCCGAAAGAGGAAAGCUCCCACCCUCUCGAAGAAGGAACAGGAUAGCGGGGAUGCGGCGGCGAGUUCUAAACCCAAAGUUGCCAAACGUGCAGCCGCAUCAAAGAAGGCGGACCCGAAUCAGCAUGUAUUCUACGAUGCUGACUGGAGCUCAGUCGGUGAAGAAAGCUCUAAAGGUUUUCCUCCUGUUAUUCAGCUGACUGGGCCGGGUAUCAAGGGAUCCAGUAAAGUGGCCGGAUUUGAUCUCGAUUACACGCUCAUUAAACCGAAAAGUGGCAGAAAGUGGCCCACAGGUCCAUCGGAUUGGAUGCUCCUGAAUGACAAGGUAGAGGAAAAGCUGAAGAAGCUCAACAAAGAUGGCUUCAAGAUUGUCAUCAUGUCUAAUCAGAGGGGCAUUGAGAAAGGACACACAAAACCAACAGAUUUUCAACUCAAGAUCAACCAGAUUGCUAAUGCAUUACAGUUGCCCAUUCAGUGUUUUGCAGCGACGGGUGAGAAUCAUUAUCGCAAGCCAGGUACUAAGAUGUGGGAUCUAGCAGCAAACGAGGAGAACGAUGGCAUCAAGGUUGAUUUCUCCAAGAGCAUGUACGUUGGGGAUGCUGCAGGUCGUGCCAAGAACUGGGCUCCAGGGAAACCUCGAGAUUUCUCCUGCUCUGACCGUAUGUUUGCUCACAAUGUCGGUGUUCAGUUCUACACGCCGGAGGAGUUCUUCCUUGGCGAGAAGCCUGCUCCAUUUGAAUGGCAUUCAUGUGAUCCGGUGCAAGCACUAAAGGAUGGAGAGGGAAGAGGGUCGCUCAAACAAUACCAUCAGAAGGACAAGAAGGUGAAAGAUCUUGUGAUCCUGGUUGGACCUCCAGCAUCAGGUAAAAGCUCCUUUGCCAAGGACACAUUGGUUAGCCAUGGAUACGUGUGGAUCAACCGAGACACUCUCAACACUCCUGCAAAGUGUUUGAGAGCAACGGAAGAAGCAAUGGAGGCAGGCAAGAAUGUAGUGAUUGACAACACCAACCCUUCUAGGUCUGCAAGGGCUGAUUACAUCGACCUGGCCAAAGAAGAAGGCUAUGUUGUAAGAUGUAUCAUCAUGGAUACUCCUUUGGAGCUUGCUUUCCACAUGAACAUGUACAGACAGUCAUUGUCAGAGGGCAGUAUUCGACGCAUCCCGGAGGUAGCAUACAACAUAUACAAGAAGAAGUACGAGGCUCCUUCCCAGGACGAGGGGUUUGAGACCAUCGAGAAGGUACAGUUUGUACCCAAGUUCAAGAGUGACAAGGAACGCACUCUCUUCCUACAUAAAACUGACAUGAAGUGAGUUCAUCCACCAAUGCUUCAUUAAUCCUUUUUGAGCUUUCAUAUUUCUAUACUGUUAUAUAAUCUUAGAAUAUUUUAAUCAAGUGCAUUAUAGUCUUUCUACUGUUUAUACACAUUUUGAUACAUCAUAGUUUUACAUGUACAUGUAUCCAUUUGACCUGGCCCAGCACAUUAAUAGAUUUACUCCAGAUUAUCAAGGCCUAUCAUGUUCCGUAGAAAUGUUAAAAAGUAAAAAGAAAAAUGGAUGUGUUUAUAAAGUAGACUAAUCACCUGUAAAAAGCAAUUUGUGUGCAUGUAGAAAGAAGGUAUACAAAUUAACCUCAAAACACUUUACCUUGCUUUAAAUAUACGUUAGCGAGUAUGCAGGAAAUAAGCAAUAUCAUAAAACCGCAUGCAUCGGAACCAAAGUCCAACUCGGGUUCUGUGCGGACCCUAUUUUACGCAAGCUUAUAUACGCGUACUAGUCUACUCAGCAAGUUAUUUAAGCUGCCAUAUUAAGUCUUUGUAAAAAAGUAAUAAUUGGGGCUCAUAUUUUGAAUGCAGUAUAGUGGCAUGCAUGGAGCCCCAGCCCUAACAUUAAGAGCAAAACAUGUUUUGGUGAUUGGUACACUAUCAAGUCAUCAAUGCUGUUGUCUUCAUACUUGUCUUAAAACCAUUUAAUGUUAACGUGUGCCUUUUAACUGAAAUUUAAAUUUAUGUUUAUUAACUCUUUAAGAGAUAUAUUUGCAGAACUUGGGUUAUCAGUACGCGUGUCAUACUCAUAUCUUUCUAAAGCAAAAUUUGUAUUGUAAUUUUAAUUUCAAUUAAACCCUUUAUACAUAUUUUAGCAUAAUUGAUAAAGAUAACAUUUCAAUUGCUUGUGUAUAAGAAUUUUAAAAAUGUUAUGAAUAUCAUUUCACUGGUAUGGAAUCAAUAGACUAAAUGCUGCAAUUUUAUAGACAGUCAGUGAAUUGAAUUUAGUUCUUGCCAAUUGUGUACACAUUGUAAAAGCAUACUUAUUUUGCUUGGUUCUUGAUCAAGAGGGAAAAUGUUAAAGACGUUUUGUUUAAAAAUGUGUUUCCAAUAAUAAACACGUACAUGUAAUCAUUUAAUUGCCUAAAGUAUAUACAUGCAUGGCUGUACUUCUAGAAUAUGCUUGCCUUUAAGGUUUUUUUUAGGAUGUUCUUUAGGUCGGACUUAAAGCCCAGCUAAGUGCACUGAUUUAUGGAAUACAAUGUGGUUAAUCUCGUCAUACCCUGCAAAUUAACAAAUUUAUGUAACUAAAUCAAGCUCAAUUUAAAUUAAUUUUCACUCAAACAUAUAGAAUAUGUUUUGUG